AUGCCAAGAGCAUCUCAGGUUGGUAAAAGCACAAUUGUUAAAACAUUGAUCGGAGAGCAUAAUUUUACCACUAAGGAAUAUAUAAUGAUGACGCAAAAGAAAGAAACAAUUCAUUUUCAAGUCGAAAGAAAAACUAAUUUCAGCAUAGAAACUCAAAAUAUCGAACUGCAUGACAAAAUCUUCAUGUUUUCUGAACGUAUGAUCGAUACUGUUCUUGUAGAUACUCCUGGUCAUGAAUUUUUUGAAUGGAUGUUAGAAUCGGUAUGCGACAAAAAUGCUUUAUAUGCUCUCUGUUUCGAUUUCACUGAUAAAGACAGUAUGCUGAUUGGCUAUAAAUCCGAUAUUAAAUUGCGACAAACAAUUUCACUACCAGAAGCAAACAAUUUUGCAGCGACCAAUAACCUAAUACUUCAUGUCAUUCCAACGUGCUCACUCCAUGAAGAUGACAAUAUGAAUCAGUAG